CUCUCCAUGCCUAUAAAAGUACAUUCCCAGCCAAGAGCAGAGCAAAGUCCCCUGCCACGCCACCACACCAGUAACUAGGCAGUGCACUCUACCUCUAGCUCACCAGGGGGAAGAGGCACUCGGACUUCGGUGGUCAUGUUGUCGAGCAAGGCGGCGGCGGCGGCGGCGGCGGCCAUGGCUUCCCUCCGCACCCUCCCGCUCCCGGUGCUCGUGCCCCUCGUCGUCUCAGCGCUGGUCUUCCUGGGCACCGUGCUCCGGCGCCUGCUGAGGCGUCAGCGGCCGGUGUACCUCCUGAACUACAGCUGCCACCUCCCGGACGCGGAGCGGCAGGUGAACCUGGAGGUGUGCGAGUACUUCGGCCUCAAGUGCCGGCGCUACUCCGACGACAUCGCCGACUUCAUGCGCCUCGUGUACAGCAAGUCCGGCCUGGGCCAGGAGACCUUCGCGCCGCCCUUCAUCUACUCGGGCAAGUUCGAGAAGACGCUGGCCUUCGCCAUCCAGGAGGCCGAGGAAGGCCUGUUCGCCGUGGUGGAGCAGCUCCUGUCCAAGUCGGACGUGAGUCCCGGCGACAUCAGCGUCCUGGUGGUGGCCUGCUCCAUGUUCUCCCCGAUGCCGUCGCUGGCGUCCAUGAUCGUGCGCCGGUUCAAGAUGCGUCCCGACGUCAAGUCCUACAGCGUCGCCGGGAUGGGCUGCAGCGCCGGGACGGUGGGCAUCGACACGGCGGCGCGCUCGCUGCGCGCGCGCGGCGGCGGCGGCGGCGGGUACGCGCUGGUGGUGGUGACGGAGAACACGAGCCUCAACUGGUACUUCGGCAAGAACAAGCACAUGCUGGUGACCAACUGCAUCUUCCGCGUGGGCAGCGCGGCGGCGCUGGUGACGGACGUGCCGUCCCGGCGCGCCGACGCCAAGUACGAGCUGGUGCGGACGCUGCGGACGCACCACGGGUCCGACGACGCGGCCUUCAACGCGGCGCUGCAGAUGGAGGACGAGGAAGGGAACCUGGGCGUGGCGCUGACCAAGGACCUGGUGCGCGUCGCCGGCGCGGCGCUCCGGCGGCACAUCACGGCGCUGGGCCCCCGGGUGCUCCCCGUGCCGGAGAUGCUCCGGUACGCGUGGCGGGUGGCGCGCGCCUACGCGGCGGGGAACCGCAAGGCGGCGGCGGCGGAGGUGCCCGACUUCCAGCGCGCGUUCGAGCACUUCUGCAUCCACUCGGGCGGGAAGGCGGUGAUCGACUCGGUGGCGCGGCUGAUGGGGUUCGGGCCGUACGUGGUGGAGCCGGCGAGGUCGACGCUGCACCGGUUCGGCAACACGUCCAGCAGCCUGGUGUUCUACGAGCUGGCCUACUUCGAGGCCAAGCGCCGGGUGCGCGCCGGCGACCGCCUCUGGAUGCUGGCGUUCGGGACCGGGUUCAAGGCGUGCAGCAACGUGUGGCGCGCGCUGCGCGACGCCGCGCCCGACGCCGACAACCCGUGGAACGGAUGCGUCCACCGCUACCCGGUGCCGCCGCCGCCGCCGUCCAAGACGCACAAGCAUGCUUGAUGUACGUAUUAUAUUAUUUAUAACAUCAUCAUUAGCGACGCAUCUCGUGCUUGCGUCUGCGUCAGUCGUUUGAGAAGCAAAACAUUUCAGUUGUUUGGUAUGCUUGGAUGCAUGAUGAUCGCCUGUCUCAUUAGCUCCAUCCAAGACCUAUGUAUGCAUUGUUUGAUGAGGCAUAUCUAUUUGUGUGUCAAUGAUAUAUAUCAUACUAUAAAAGGCAACAUACAUGCCGUUCUGUUUGGGGCGUGAAAUUUUUAUU